AUGGAAACUAAAUCAACUAAAUCAACAGAGUCAACAGAGUCAAGGUUACUUAGAAAAGCAAAAGAGGAAAUGAUAGCUUCUUUCAAUAUAGCUGCAAUAAAACAAUGGAUCGCAGACGGAGAACCCUUUGAGGAACAUGAUGAGGUUUUAGCGUUUAAAGAGUAUCAUGGAAUUACAGAAAAAACCGGAGACGAGUCAGUUAAUGCUGAGAGAGCUGGAAGAGUUGCUCACUCAAAAUCAAAAAGAGCCGGAAGACGAACAUACAUUAACGAAGGAAGUAAAUGUUUUAAUGGAGGAAUUACUAACAAGAAUUCCUGGAAGGACAAUCUAAAUACCAGGCAGGCAAGGCAUGUUCCUGCUCCCGCCAAAGGAAUCCAAGCCUGUAACAGGAUUGUUAACAGUAAAUAUAGUAGUCAAGAUACUCGAUCCCAAAAUAUUUCCGGUUCAAAUGAAAUAUCUGGAGGACAUGCUUAAUUUUUUGCAUUAU